AUGGAUCUGGACCUUGCUUUAUGGGUCGAUCAACUUGCUGUACUUACUGAUAAGAGUACCUCUGAUGACAAAAGAGAGAAGAAAAAGUGGGAACAAUCGAACCGCAUAAGCUUAAUGGUCAUGAAGCGUGCUAUUCCAGAAACAUUCCGGAGCACUAUGUCUGAUAAGGUGACUACGACUAAGGGUUUCCUUGAGAAUCUUGAGAAGAGGUCCAAGGGUUACAAGUUUUAUGAUCCCACAACUAAGGCAAUUUUUGAGACAGAAAAUGCUCGGUUAUUUGAGGAUGUUAAGUUUGCGGGGGAGAAGGGUUACAGGCUUCGUCUUUGA